UUUAAGAGAAGUCACAUAGGUUCCCCUUCAUCCCUCUCCUCAUCUCUUUAUUUUCUUUUCCCUUUUCUUCUCCUAAGCCAAAAAAUAAUUACUUGAAUAUAAAAGACUUAGGCUUCCAAAAAAAUAUUCACACUUCACAUUACAAAGUCUCUCUACUUUAGAAGGAUUAAAAAAGAAAUGGUUUCUCCAAAACUACCUAUCACUAUUAUAUUAGUCCUUUUAUUUUUCACCUACGAAUUUGAGGGUUCAUCUUAUUCUUCUAGAUCACAAAUUGAUAAUGCUAUGGUUCCACUUCCACCAAUUGAUUAUGAGAAAGUUAAUCUAUCAAUAUACUAUGAAAGUCUAUGCCAAUCUUGUGCAAUUUUCAUUGUUAAGAAUUUGGAUGAAAUAUUCAACAAUGAGCUCAUUAACAUUGUUAAUCUCCAACUAGUCCCUUGGGCCAAUUCCCAUCUCAACAAAACCAACAAUUCCAUAUCAUGUCAGAAUGGGCCAGAUGAAUGUGAUCUAAAUUCUUUGGAAUCAUGUGCCCUCAAUGUUUGGCCUGAUGUGAAUAUACAUUAUGGUUUGAUAUUCUGCUUUGAGUUUCUGGCAAUUGAUGGAAAAAACAAGAUGUGGAAGAAUUGUUUCAACCAACUGGGUUUGCCUUUGGUGCCUUUUAUCGAUUGCUUUAAUAGUGGAAAUGGAACAAAGCUUGGAGAAAAGUAUAUUAAUGAAACAGCAAAACUUUUCCCACUUCAUUCUUUUGUGCCAUGGGUGGUGGUGAACGAUCAACCUAUUGAAAAAGACUAUGCCAAUUUUACAUACUAUGUAUGCAAAGCUUAUAAAGGUGUUUCUAUUCCAGCAGCUUGCAAUGUUUCAUUGAAUGCAAUUGAGAAAUAAAUUCAACUAUUCAUAGGUUUUUAGCAAAGAUAUGUCUAGGUCUCUUAGUAGUCAUGAACCAUAACAUAUUGUCGUUACGAUGUUCUUUCGUUCAUCUUAAGCAAAUGUAAUAGAGUUUAGAUUCAUCUAUAGAGAACAAAAGUGAAUUUAAUUAUUUUGGUAGUCGGAAAUUUUACCUUAUUGUUUUUUAUA